UUCCCCCUGUGCUCCUGGCGUUGUUGCCCAUGUGAUUGUGAUGUUUCACCUGCAGGCCUUUCUAGUCUGCCCGUGAGCCCAGCUUGUGGCACCAGGAAACAGGUGCAGAACAGGAGCCGUUCCCGUCGGAGACCUGGCUACUCACAGGAGCCGGGGCCAUGACUGCUGCUGCUUUUCACCUGGAGACACAGAGGUUCCCCUUUCCCUGACAGUUUCUGCCACUGUCUUUGGAGCAGCUGGAACUGAGAGCUGAAGGCUGAGGCUGAUUGACAGAGUAACCAGAAAGUGAAAACCAAAGGAAGACAGUGUCCUGAAUAGAGUGGACUCUUGAGCCAUUUUUCUGAGGAGCUGCCACUCCGUAGAGGGGACAUCAGUUGUGUUCAGGAGGACAGGGAGAAAGAGAAACUACCUCUUCAAACAUCACUGAAUCACUGGGAAACUUGGGUGCUCCUGGGACCAAGAGUUUGGAGAAGGAAGAGUAAGGAAGUAAGCAAAGAGGAAUUUGUUGACAGUUGCAAGCAAAGUAGAAAUAGAUUAGAUGAAUUGGUGUUGGGGAACCUGGAGAGGAAUGUUUAGAGCAAAGAAGACAAGAGGCACGAAUAGAGGCAUGGCAUGACUUUCAAGCUGUGGAAACGUGAACAGUAAAGUACGACGGACAAUAGGUUGGAUGGAUGUUCCCUGGAGCUGCAGGUGCAGUGGCUGCCACAAGGCGGUGCUCUGACUACAUCUACUUUGGCUUCCACUGUGCUUUUCAUUUUCCCACUCCUCUCUCCUCUUUAAGGGCUCUAACUAGAGGUCUGUCACACUCCAGCCAUAGUCAGCCAGCCUGUUAUUAGUGCCAAGCCAUCCUCCUGGAGCAAUGACAGUGUAAAUUUCAGCAGUGGCAGAAAGGGGACAAAUACAGCUGUUGUGCAUUUUAGAAUAAUUGCCACAGACCAUUUAGAGACAGCUUUAUAAUAACGGCACUUAUACAGACUUAUACAAUAUUUCCCUUUUCUGUUUUAUUCCUCCCUCAACACUUUGCAACAUGAAUGUGUUAAUCCGCUCAUCUUGUGAAUCUAGAAUUACCUGCUCCCUAAUUUUCUUUUCUUUUACUUUAUUUCAUGUGUUUAUGUUUAAAGCGACUGGCCUUUCUUUGGGCAAUUAGGAUGGUUCAGGUAGAAACCUGUGUUCUGUCUGCUCCCCAGUUUUACAAAAGGAGGCUUGCAGUCCCAGGGAAGAUACCAUUCGGCCUUUUCCUACCUUAUUCCUUCUGCUGGGAGUUCCACUCUUCCUGCCCUCGCCUUUUCCCAACACAAAUGCUAUUUGUGAAACCCCUCUUCUCACCCCACCCCAAGUCUGGCUCCUCUUUUUGCUUCCAUUGUCCCGAGUUCACUUACCAGCUAGCUAGUGUUUAUCUCAUUGUGUGCUCAGUGUUUCUUAUCUAUCACCUCUAUUCCAAGUUCCUUGAACUUUCUUUAUAUUCCCCAGUGUCCACCAGAACUCCCACAUAGUGAGCACAUGGAUGGCUGGAUAAAUAAAACAGGCUCCAGCAGGUCAAAGCCCUUGCCCCAUCUUGAGUCCGCAGCAGAGUUGGAAAUAUCCAGAAAUUUAGACCCGAACCAGAAUAUCUUACUGGCUGCUGUGGUUGACCGUGGUCUCUCCACAGAAAAGUUCUAAAUGGGCCUAAAUGGAGAAGCCCUGGGUCCCGCAGUGUGCCACAGAUCCAGGGAGAUGCCCAGAGCUGGCACAGCAAGACUUCAAGGCCCAUAAUGUGUGCAGAAGGCCUGGACGAUGCAGAUUACUAAGACCACCUGCCUUACAUGGCAGUUGAAGCAGCGUCCUGGAACCGAUGUCCUCAGAGGCAUGACAAGAAGCAGCAAACCAUGUGAUCCCAUGUUCCUCUAGUUUUUUUUGGGCGGGGGGACGGACAUCUCUCUCCAGGUGACUGUGAGACCCCUGAAUUUUAGCACCCUCUGAGAGAAUCAAAGAGGCAUGAACUCCCUGUGUCUGGAUCCAGUGUGUAUCCUUUGCAUGGCUUGCUGGCUGGCUCUGGACCAAACCCACCAAAAGCGAUCUUGCUCUGAACCCGAGUCAUCGUUCCCGCCCAUCCUUUCUGAGAUGGUGGAGGAAGGACAGCAUAUUGGGUAUGGUUGUGAAAAAGCUCAUCCCUUUUGGUGUGUCCUCUUUCUUGCGUAAACCAAACUUCUUUUCUGCCCGUCUGUUAAUUCUUCCCUCCCUCUCUUUGUUCCAUCCUCCUUAUGUAUUUAAUGAGUACUCGCUAGGUGCCAAGCUCUGUGCUGGAGACACAAAGAUGAAUUAGGUACAGUGCUCUACCUUCAAAGAAUCCACAGGAUUCUGGAAGAGACAGGAAGGUCACAAUAUACUUGCAUAAAUGCCAUAAUGUAGGAGGUAUCUGUGAGACCCUGGAAGUUCAAGGGAGUGGGCCAUAGCACACUAGCUGGUGUUUGGUAGCCAGCUGGUGGGAGGAGCACUGACUGGUAGUGUUUGCUGAUGUCCGACGUCCGUGUGGCAGACAUUCCCAUCAUGGCUGCUCUCAAGCUACUAACCUGAUGUCACUGAACAGAGUUGGGAAGGGAUGUACACAGUUGGCCCUUUUGAUGCAGUCAGAGCCAUUUCUAGUAUACCACCAUGACUUCCCCCUCUAAGACCCUGAGCAGAGAACCCAUUCAAGCUGUACCUGGGUUUCUGACUUACAGAACCAUGAGCUCACAAACGAGUUUGGUUUUAAGCUGCUAAGUGUGUAGGAAUUUGUUUUGUUGCCAUAGAAAACUAAACAGAGCCUAUUACACCCUUUUUACAGAUGUGAAAACUGAAGCUUAAAAACAGUAAGCAAUUUGACCACGGCCAUGAGCAUCUAGCAAGUGAUGGGGCUGGGAGGGCAACUGAGAUGUGUCAGAUUCCAAAGCCUGGGAAACUUACUCCUGUGUUCCAUGACUUCCCAUAGAAAACCAUGUCACGUAGCCAGGAAGGGCCAGGGUCAUGGGGGAUACUAUUCCUCUGUUCCUUCGUCCGUUUGUUCGUUCAUUCGUUCAUUUAUUCAUCCAUUUUUAAGGACCAGGAGAAAAUGUGCGUUAUUAUUAAAAAUGAAAUUCUGAGCCAGAAGAAAAUCAAAUGUUGAGUGCGGCUUUGUACUUGAAGUGGCGUCCCAGUGGUUACCUUGAUAUUUAUUUCAGAGGAUAAUGCUAUAGAGUAAAAGAAGUUUCACAUGGGACUGUACUCAUUAAAUAUUUGAUUUCGGCUAGAGUGUCCAUUUCUACUUUUCUGCUCCAGCCUGACCAGAUGUGCUCAGAAAAUGUGGUUUCCCCUGAAUAUGUACAUCUGUCAAAAUUCCUGUCAAUGUUAGCACAACUGCCAAGAGAGUGAACAAAGAGAGUUAGCGAUUAACUUCAAAGAAUUUUGUUGGAGAGGAAUAAAGAUAUUUAAGGUCUGUUUUGUGAACUAAUUGCAUUUGCAUAUUUAUGGGAUUUACUGAUAUAGCAGUAAUUAAAAACUAUUUAGUAGUCUUAAAGGACACAUAACUCAGUUGCUGUUUGCAUAAUAAACACUUCUUAUUAUGUUUGCAUAAUAAAAACUCUCCCCCUCCUCCUUCCAAAAGACACUGGUCCAGCUAAGAGGUGUUGUAUCUUACUUAGAAAUAAUGGAGAGACAAAGUGCAAGGGCUCCUGGGAAUGUGGAGAUGGGACUUCUGAGAGAAAUACAUCUCUAGGUAGCCUCUUAGUGACAGGCCUGACCCUAGACUGCAUUCAAGAAACAACAGAUUCAAACCUCAGAUUACUAAGUCUUUUUCUUAGCUGAUAUUUUAAGAAGGCUGAAUGCUUAGCUUCUGACAAUUCCAUUUUUUUCGUUUUAAUACACUGAUCUGCUUGAAAGGCCUGAACGGGGUUCACCUCACAUUCAUCCUUCCUAAAUAGCUUAGAGGGGUGUGGUGAGAUCUUUGAGUAAUGGAUAAAAAGUACUGUAUUAAUGAGAAGAGACCAUUUUCCUGAAAAAUUUCAUGAAAAAUUAAAUUUUCAUGAAAAAAAAUGAACAGGGAAGAGAUACCAAAUCUAAAGGCACCAAGUAAACAAACUAAAUCCAGACAGGACAGUAAGAUUGGAAAAACAAAUAUCUGAGCCAUUUGGUGAUACAGAGCAAGGCGAUCAAGGAAAGAUGGGGAAGCGUCUGUGUAUAAACUAUUUUGAAAACAAGUCAGUCACACAAAACCGUUCCCAUCUUGGCAGAAUUCAUCAGCCAAUAAAGAGCCGUAAUGGGCAGGAUCACCAGACUGUUGUUAAAUUAGCUAAUGAAGGUUGUAAUGUACCUGUAUUACACAUCAUUAGCAGUGGCCUUCCAGUAACAGAUGGGUACAUGAGGAAAUGAUAAGAAAAGGGAGGGGAAAGCAUAUCCCAGAAGGUCUGACUUACCAUGGCUUGCUAAAAUAAAAUGUGUGGCAAGAAUGUAAUGCCGAUCAUCAUCGCGAUUAAACCUUUGCAUAAAGGGAAGCUUCUGUGUCGCCUUCCCAUAAAAAGUGCUAGGUACAUAGAUAUGUCUGUCUGCAGCUUGCUUUUCUCCUCAUGGAAAGUUCUGGGACUUUGGUGGCCAGAUCAGUCUUUGGUGAUUGGAUCUCUUGAUAAAGCCCCAUUUAUCUGGCCGCCAUCUUUCAAGGAUGUUUCUAAACUUUCCAUAAGUUUGUAUCAAAUUUUCACUACCAGGUUACAUUUCUUUUUUUUUUUUUUUUUUUUUCUGAAAUAUUUUCAAAUACACAGCAAGACUGGGAGAAUAGUAAAAUGAAUCCCGCCCCCAACCGUUUGAGAGUAGUUUGCCAACAUGAUGCUCUGUCGCCUGUGAGUGCUUAGAAUGUGAUUCUUACGAACAAGAACAUUACAUGAUUUCAAUUCCAUCAAAAUCGGGAGUCUCUAGGCCCCCACCUUGGGUUUUGCGAAGUCUCCCCAAGAUGUUCUUUGUAACAAAAGGAUCCAAUCCAGAGUCACACAUUGCACCGAGUUGUCAUGUCUCCUUAAUCGGCUUUAUGGGACACGGUUUCUCUGUCUUUCCUCAGCUUCCCUAACCUUGACACUUUUGAAGAUUAUAAGCUGUUCUGUAGAGUGUCCCACGGUAUGGGGUUAUCUGGUGUCUCCUUCCAGAUAGAUCCGAGUUUUGAAUUUUUGGCAGGAUGAUCACAGAAGUGCAGCUGUGUCUUCUCAGUCCCUCCUAUCUCAUGGCACACAACUCCCGUGAUUGGUAACGUUAAUUUUCAUCAUUUGAUUAACGUGUUGUCUGCCAGAUUUCUCCACGGAAAGUUUUUUUUUUUUUUUUUUUUUUACUCAUUCUGAUUAAUAAGUAUGUUGUGUAAGUGUCCUGUUUUUCAUCAAACUUUCGCCAGCUAGGUUUUAUCAGCCACUGAUGUUUUUUGAGUGAAUUAUGACUAUGAAGAUUCUGACAUUCCUUCUACAUGUGUUAGUUGGCAUUCUAACUUAAGGAAAAGUCUUCAUUUCAUUCAUUUAAAUCAGCAUGGACUUGUGGAUUCAUUUUUUUUUUAAUUUUUUAAUGUUUAUUUUUGAGAGAGAGAGAGAGAGAGAGAGAGAAUGAGCGGGGGAGGGGCAGAGAGAGAGGGAGACAAAGAAUCGGAAGCAGGCUCCAGGCUCCGAGCUGUCAGCACAGAGCCUGACGUGGGGCUCAAACCUGCCGAUCACAAGAUCAUGACCUGAGCUGAAGUCAGACGCUUAACUGACUGAGCCUCUCAAGCACCCUGUGGAUUUGUAUUUUAUUUUGGGAGAUCCUUCAACUAACUAUGCCCUUUUAACAUGUCUCUAUCAUUCUUUUAUUUUUUAAUUAUUUUUUAAUGUUUAUUUUUGAGCGAGAGAGGGAGACGCAGAAUCUGAAACAGCUCCAGGCUCUGAGCUGUCAGCACAGAGCCCGACACGGGGCUCGAACCCACAAACCACGAGAUCAUGACCUGAGCCCAAGACGGAUGCUCAACUGACUGAGCCAUCCAGGUGCCCCUCCUUGUCAUUCUUUUAGCACCUCUUCACUUUGUGAUGCAACAAGAUGUUCUUGGGUCUUCUCACACAUCCCCUGUUCAGCUCCAUGUCUUCCUUUUAGGCAAGUUUACGUUUCUUCUCUUUGGGAUGUGUCCGGGAACAACGGCAGGUGCAAUGGCUCCUCUGUGGCCCUUCAUCCUGGUGGCUGCCUCAGAAAUACUAGUUACAGAUACACCUCACCCCAGGAAUUCUACUCUAUAUCGUCUCACCAAGCAGCUAUUACAGAAAUAUCACAAGAAAGUGAGGCCAGUUCAUGACCGGACUAAGGCCACCACGGUAUACCUGGAUGUAUUUGUCCAUGCCGUAUUGGAUGUGGAUGCACAGAAUCAAAAAUUAAAGACCAGUAUAUUGUACUAUGAGGUUUGGGAUGAUGAAUUUUUAUCCUGGAGCCCCACCAUGUUUGAUGGGAUCAGGGAGAUCUCUCUACCUCUAAGCGCCAUCUGGGCCCCUGACAUCAUCAGUGAGUUUGUGGACAUUGAAUGAUCACCCGGCCUCCCCUAUGUCUAUGUGAACUCAUCUGGGACCAUUAAGAAUGCUAAGCCUAUCCAGGUGGUUUCCACAUGCAAUUUAGAGACAAACGCUUUUCCAUUUGAUAUGCAGAACUGCAGCCUAACUUUCAGUAGCAUCCUGCACACGGUGGAAGAUGUAGACCUGGCCUCGAGGAGCAGAGAAGACAUUAAGCAUGACAAAAAGGAAUUUUUGCAGGACAGUGAGUGGGAGCUUCUUUCUGUGUCCUCAACAUACAACAUCCUGCAGAGCAACACUGGAGAUUUUGCACAGAUUCAGUUUAACGUGGUGAUUCGCAGGGGCCCACUGGUCUACGUCAUGAGCCUGCUGAUUCCCAGCAUCUUCCUCGUGCUCGUGGAUCUGGGAAGCUUUUACCUGCCACCCACCUGCCGAGCCAGGAUUGUGUUCAAGACCAAUGUGCUGGUGGGCUACACCGUCUUCAGGGUCAACAUGUCUGAUGAGAUGCCAAGGAGCGCAGUGAGCACCCCUCUGAUUGGAGUCUUCUUCACAAUUUGCCUGGCCUUCUUGGUUCUCGGCUUAUUUAAGUCCAUCCUAUUGGUCACAUUCCUCCAUGAUGAGUGCAGCAGUGAGCAAGAGUGGCCCCUCUCAUGCCUUCAAGGGGACAUUGACGCUGACGGGCCUAGAAGAGAUCCCCAAGCCCAGCCUGCUGGGGUGACAGAGCCCUCGGUCUGUCGAGAACACCAGGCCGAGUCAGAGACCCUGAAGGAAGUCUUGUUCCAGCUUAAGUCCAUCAGCACCUACUUCCAAACCUGGGACCAGGAGGACUGACAAGAGGUCAAGUGGCUGGCCUUCCUGGAACGUUUUGACCGACUGCUCUUUAAAGCGUGCCUCGUCGUGCUGGGGCUCUAUGCCGUGAGCCUGUGCUCCCUCUGGGCGCUGGGGAGCAGCUUGUGAAGACUGGAGGCUGUUGGUCUCACCCAACAUUCGCUUUCUCAUCUCUGGAUCAGCAGCAGCAGCAUGGGAACUGUUAGAAAUGCAGAAUCUUGGGUCCUCUCAGACCUACUGAAUCAGGAUCUGAAUUCUGACCUCAUCCCAGAGGAUUCGUUUGCACACUGCAGUGACAGAAGCGUGGAUCUAAAGAAUGAUGAUGAGCCGUGACUCAUCAGAACACCAGGCAGAGGUAGACCUGAGACCGGAGGGGCCACAGCACAGUCAUCUUUCCUGCGUCCAGAACAAACCCGACACAGAGCACAGGCACAGAGGGUGCUAGGCGGGGAACAUGCACUCCCCCCCGAAAGCCGAGCUGCAGUGGGUUGAAGCCUUUGUCAUCUUCUGGUAUCAAAGCACCAGGGAUGAGGAUGGGGGAAGGACUCCAGGUGACAGCUCUGCAGGUCAGAAGUCCGAGAUCGGUUUCACUGGGUGAAAGUCAAGGUGAAGGCUUCCAGCGGCCACCUGCGCACCUGGGCUCAUGGCUCCAUCCUCCACCUUCCAAGCUCAUCUCUGGUUUCUGCCUCUGCCUCCACAUGGCUUUCUCCUAUCCUGUCAUCACACCUCCUCUGCCUCCUUCUUAGAAGAACGCUCUAGCUUACAUGUAGGGCCAACCAGGGUGAUUCAGGAUAACCUCUCCAUCUCAAGAUCCUAACACAAUCAUAUCUACAAACUCCCUUUUGCAAACACUCACAGGUUCCAGGAAUUAGGACCUGAGUAUCUUCAGGGCCAUUACCCAGCCUACCACAUGACACAUCCGAGAUGGGUUGGGAAGCAAAAGGGCAACCAUGAUCCAGCUGUACCCUACAGAUCUCCCAUGGGGUCUGAGAUAGGGGUAUCCUCUAGGUCAUGGUGGGACCUCUGUGGCAACCCCAGGAGAGCCCAUGACACAUCUCUCUUCAGCCAUGAGGCAGCACAUGAUACACAGUGCUACUGAGCAGCAAAGACAUGUUAUAUAAUCAGUUAAUCCAUGUAUUAACAAACAUGUGUUCAACACCUACUGUGUUCCGUGGGGGGCGAUUCAGACCUAGGGCCCUCCUGGGUUUUCCAACUAGGAGAUUCAUUCAACAAAUACUUAUUGAGUCCCUGCUAGGUGUCAGGCACUGUUCUGGGUACUUGGGAUAUAUCAGUAGACAAAACCCCCAAAGCUCCCCGCCCUCAAGGUACUGACAUUCUACCAGUGGAGAUGGACAAUUAGGAAUCAUCAUAAGUCAAUCACAUAGUAUGUUAGGAGGUGAUGGGGCUGUGGAACAAAAGACAAAGUGGGGCCAGGUAAGAGGGGUCAGGUGUGCCCAGGUGGGGACAGGGAGGAGAGGGUAGUAAGAAGAUUAGUCAGGAUAGACCUCAUUGAACAGGUGAGGUUUAGGCAAAGACCUGAGGGGGAAUUAGCCAAGUGGACAUCUGGGAAGAGAGAGCUCCUGGGAGAGCAAAGAGCUAGAGCGAAGGUUCUAAGGUGGAGUGGACAAAGUGAUGGGAAGGUCAUAGCAGGUGAACACAGGGAACAGGAGCUCGGCAGGCUACCUCUGUGGAGCCAGCCAGGCCAAACCUAAAGAGAAGAGAAGACGGAGUAAAACAAGGUCUCUAAACCCGCUGGUAUGGACUCGGGAAAAUCCUCUGAACUGGGAGCUAGCUCUGGGGUUGGGAGUUGCAUGGCCUUGCUGAAGUCACUUAGCCUCCCUGAGAUUCACUUUCCUCACUUACAGACUGAGAAGCUUGUGUGGAUUCUCUCACUCCUCCGUUCAUUCAGCGGACUCCAUCAAGCACA